AUGACCAAGGGUGCUGAGCUUGAAGCCAGGAUCAUACCCGAUUGUCCAUUGACGAGCUGUUACGGCCAGGUGAAGAAAACAGGUGUUAGUCUGGUAUGGGACAAAUUUAUGAACGAAAAUAUGAUUGAUUACCAUCUUUGUCGAUAUGAACGACGCCCAUCUCAAAAUCUGGUCAAUGAUGAUGACAUCAUUCAUGUCGAAAAUGAUAAUCACUUAAGAAAAUCACCAGACUUUUCAAAAUUCCCAAAUCUCGAGAAGUUGAUAUUGAAAGGUUGUAAGGAGUUGAUUAAGGUUCACUCAUACAUCGGGGAUCUUGGAAGACUUUCUUUGGUAAAUCUUGAAGGCUGCAACAAUCUAGAGGAUCUCCCACUGAAUUUCUAUAAAUCCAAGUCUAUUGAAACUCUUAUACUGAAUGGUUGUUCAAGAUUUCAUAACUUGGCUGAUGGCUUAGGGGACAUGGUAUCAUUGACAAUUUUGAAAGCAGAUAACACGCGCAUCAGACGAAUUCCAUCUUCCAUAGUAAAAUUGAAGAAGUUGAGAAUUUUAUCUCUAUCUGGCUGCUGGUUAACUGAGGAUGCAAUCCCCAAGGACCUCGGUAGCCUAAUUUCCUUAGAAGAUCUGCUUCUUGAAGCCAAUAUUUUUCGUAGCCUGCCAAGGCUCGCUGGUCUUUCAAAGCUCAAGGUCUUGUGUGUAAAUGCAUGCAGAGAACUUCUUGCAAUCCCAGAUUUACCAACCAAUUUGUAUGUUCUGAAAGCAAAUGGCUGCCCAAAAUUGGAAACAAUUUCAGAUUUUUCAAAAAUGUCGAAUAUGAGAGAAUUGUAUCUCUGUGAUUCGUUCAAACUCACUGAGGUUCCAGGCUUGGAUAAGUCAUUAAACUCCAUGACAAGGAUUCAUAUGGAAGGCUGCACCAAUCUGACUGCCGAUUUUAGGAACAACAUCCUACAGGGAUGGACUUCUUCCGGAUAUGGUGGAAUUUUUUUCAGUGGAAUUUAUGAUAUUCCUGAGUGGUUCGAGUUGGACGAUGAUGUGUACAAUAUGGUCUUCUUUGAAGUUCCUCAAAGAAUCAUGGGUCGUGAUUUAAAAGGGUUGACUAUAUGCUUCGUUUACUCAAAAUUCUCAAUUCCUUGGAAUUAUCAAGGUCAUAUUGGCAUUAUCGUUAGAAAUCUUACCAAACAAACUGCUUUGCGCACCCGGAUGGCACUUGUUGGCUCAGUAAAAACUUUGACUAUACUUGAAGACAGUUAUCUUUGGCAGGGACAAUUGUCAAAUGAUGUGCUACGUUUGCAAGGCGGGGACCAAGUCUCCAUUCUUGUAAGGCCUGAUGAUGUUGAUUUUGUGAGAGUGAAGAAGACAGGGGUUCAUCUAGAAUGGGACAAAGUCAUGAAAGAAAAUAUGGAUAAUCCGGAUCCUCAUUUGUAUGAUUUGGAAACAAAUCCGGAUUUUUCAGGCGGGAGUUGAUGACACGUUUGUUCCCAAUCAAACUAGUGUUAUACAUGAACAAUUAGCAGUGGAACCAUAUCUGGAUUUUUUUUGGGGAACUGAUAAUGAGUUAGGACGGAGCCAUGACGCGUCUGUCCCCGGUGAUCAAAUGAGUGCUAUAGUUGAAGAAUCAGCAGUGGAGGACGAUCCCUUUGGCCGUGGCGGAUGACGGAGCCAUGAUGCAUUUGUUCGCAGUAAUCAAUCGAGUGUUGUGGAUGAACAAUUAGCAGUGGAGGGGUGUUUCGGGCAUCUUAAAAGUUUUUUAUCUAAUAUUUUCUUCAAUUGUUUUUCCCACCCACGUUGAUUGUGAUUGGUUGCCAAAGAAUUUAGUUGACGGGAAUGAUUUAAGAUUGAAUUUUACUUUAAUUUCUUUUUUCGCCAAAGGAUUUAAUUGCAAAGGAAAGGGUCGCAACCUUGAAUUGAAUUCUUCA